AAUAUACAUCAAUUAUCAGAAAUGAUUCCAUACGUUUUUGACAAUGCAUGUAUAAUUAUAGGAUGUCUAAACGUAAAGGAGUAUCUGUAGAUGAGAAGAGGCUACGGAUGUUACAACUAUUAUACGAGAAGAAGGAAUUUUUCACUUUGAAAGAAUUAGAGAAAAUUGCUCCUAAAGAAAAAGGUAUUGUGGUUCAAUCCGUCAAAGAUAUUCUACAAGCAUUAGUCGACGAUGCACUGGUCCGUUCCGACAAGAUUGGCACUUCCAUUUAUUAUUGGACUUUUCCUGGAGAAAACAUUGCCGCUGUUGAAAAUCAAGUCGCAGAAGCAAACAGAAAAAUUGUAGAGACUGAAUUUAAGUUCGAGAGACUAAAAAGUGAAUGUGACAGAGAACAGAUUGGAAAAGAGGAUACAAAAGAAAGACGAAAUUUAAUCGCAGAGGUUGAAGAGUUAAAGAAGAAAAAAGAGCGAUUAAAAGUACAAAUUGCAAAAUUCAAUGCAUCAGAUCCUGAAGUUAUAUCCGAGAUGGAAAAGAAAUCAUUGGAAUACAAGGAAACUGCAAAUGUAUGGACGGAUAAUAUUUUUGCCAUACAAAGCUGGUGCAAAAAAAAGUUUGACAUAGCUGAAGAAGAGUUAAAUAAGCGUUUUAACAUUCCUGAAGAUUUAGACUAUAAAUAGUAAAAAUAUAGAAAAAAAACAUGUGGCAUUUAUAUACUCAUAUAUGCUAUUCUACUGUUCUUUACUACCGUAUGAACUUGAAAAUAAUUACAUUAUUAGACUUUAUAGAAAAUUCAUUAACUAAAUAAUAAAGAUUAAAGCAAUCA